AGUACAAUUUCAGAAUUAAAUUUCACUACCGUUUGUUCGCUGUCCACAAUCUGGUGAUCUACGUUAGUUUGUUUUAGCUGUUUAUGUGCUGUUGCCGUUCAGUAUUACCUUAAUUCUUUGCUUAUUUUCUUCACCGAGGAAGCAUUUCUCAUACGUAUUUAACAUACAAUUCGUGUUUGCAUUCGUUUGCCCGGUCGGUUUGAGUUUGGUUAUGUUUCCAUCAUCAACACCGUCGUCGACGCCGCCGGCCCGAUAAGUUUGCAAAUCUGGAUGAUAAAAAGGAAACAAUGAUUACCGCCACGGAACCGCUGGAAUACUUUCCACGAGGCCGUCAGGUGGUGGAAAAUCAUCCUGGGCCGAACGUAGAGGACGAGCACGCAUUAACCGGACAUCCAGUAGACUUUGUACUGCUACAGCGCUUGCAAAACGUGAACAUCUCGUUGGAUGAGGAUGAACCGGUUGAGUUUUACCGAUUGCGCGAACUGCCCAUUAGAAUGGGGCGCAACAACUUUGCUGCCGGUGGUGCAUCAACUCCAUACCUGUGCACGGAGGAAGAAUUAUACGUACGCGGCCAUACGGCCGUGUGGACACACUGUAUGGGUAGCGAAUCCCAGGGACUGCCGCAAACAACCUUUACAUGUGAUACAAAGAUCAGAUUCGCGUUUUUCUGCCCGAGACGGUUUAUCCGGCCGGAUACGACUCUACCGGGGAAGCCCGAUACCGACCAGAGCGCUAUCUGUUUGAUCGAUAAGGACACGAUACAUGUAUUCCUCGAGGGUGGUGAGACGUACAAAGCAAUGCUGCAGUGUCCGGUAUCGGCUGUCUGGAUGAUACCGGAUGGUAUAAUGCUUGAGCGUAGCGUAAACCAUUCCGUGACGAUAAGCCGGGAAGGUGUACCGUGGCCCCGCUUGUUUACCUUAACCUUUCCGCUGGAAGAAAUGAAACCAGUGCUGUUGGCGGUUGGUUCAAAAUAUGGUUUCUUGGAUACACCGAAUUAUCGUGUCGUAUUCUCCAGUGAACGUGUAUCGCUCGUGCUGCUGUACGAGGAAAUAAGCGGCAAACACUAUGUGUACAAGCUGCGGGAAGCCGGCCAAGAGGAGAUUGACAUGAUAGAAUGCAUAGACAACAUUGCCGAUACGGAGUUGGAAGACGAUAACAGCAAUCUGCCGGCCGCGGAUGUCGGACACGAAUCAACCACCGAACACAGACAAACGCAGACGAAGCUGUUGGGCACUAGUACGAAGCUGGAACAUACGUUCGGUUCGACUGUAUCGUCUUGGAUCAAUUCCAUCCCGUUCGGCAAUAAUCCGUUCUGCGAUCCACCAACACGCAUCGGUGAGGAUCGUAAUGGUAUUGUUCUCGAGCAGCCGGAAUCGCGCAGCACCUCGCUAGCACCACAAUUCUGCCUGGAACACAUGUGGACCGUUGACGCAGCUAGCAACUACGUACACGGACUAACAUCCACUUCAUCGUGGAGAUCGGUGGACGGAGAGAUGGGUUCGGAAGGAUUUUUACAUACCGAUCUUGCGGGUAACAAUUACAUCUGCUUCAUUCAAUCCCGUGCCUGCCGUCUAACGCUCGUUCAGUAUAACGAAAGCAACUUGAGCGUAUGCGGCAGCUACAUGGUACCGGCCCGUUCGGCCGUUUCGCUCGAACACAUCAACAUGAUCGUGGUGCUCGAACCAUCGGGCAGGUUGGUGCUGUACAGUGGCCAUAUCGCGGUCGGUAAGCUACAUGUAACAGGGCUGCGCAGUGACUGUUUCCUGCCGAGCACGGCCAGUUUCGGUCAACCGCCAAGAACAUCCUUUAUACCGGGCCGUACAAAUCAAGCCUCGAGCAGCACGCCCGGCACCGGGUCAGCUGGUACUGCACCGCUGCUGGAAGGUUUUCCACGCCGUAGCACACUGCUGCCGAACGUAUCCGUCGCGGAUGGGAAGUUUGAGGAGGAAAUUCAUCUACUAUCACCGGUGCGGCCCGCCGUACUGUCCGAAUCGGUUGCGACCGGUACGAAACCAAAGUAUUCCUCCAGCACGCACGUACGCACGGUCAUCGAUACGCGAACGAUCGCAAAGUUGUGUGAUGCGACCGGAUCGCGCUUUACACUGAUGCUGGAAGACGAUCGACUGUUGCGGUUAGCAUUGGCACCGGUUGCUGAAUCGCAGCUCGUGCUUAUCUGUCUGAAGGUGAUGCGCCACACAUUACCGAUUGCGGUGGUGCAUGAUUUUCUUAUCCACUGGUACGGUACACGCAACGUUCCGGGAUCGCAUGCCGGGUUUAGUGCCCAUCAGGAAUGGGAUCUAUUCUGUACGCUGCUGUUCACGAUGAUGGGCCGUCCGAUUGGGCCACCGGAUGCGGAUGAUCGGGUAUCGCCUGGCGGGCAUCAGCCGGCUGACGCGGGUAGCUGCACAUGCACCGAUGAACCAAAGAAACGACGCCGGGGUGAAAACUCACACGGUCAAACGGCCGAUUGGGAGUUUCUGGGACGUCACGCUACAGAAAAUCCAUUUGCGGGUGUCCCAGUGCGUCCGAAAUCGACUUCGGCCGGUAAUGGUGGUGGUCGACCAUAUCAAACGCACGAGGUAAACAGCCUUUAUCCAUACAUCCCGGAUAUACUGCAAAUGUUCCAUCUGCUGUACGAAGAUUUCAAAAUGAAUGUGUGCCGAACGGACGAGCUGCGGCUGUUGGCGGACUUUCUGUACUGUCUUGCAGCCGAUGCAAAGCUAGAAUCGUACCAGCUGCACUAUCUGACCGAUUUUCCCGAGCUGCUGGACCGUUACCGACGCCAUGACAGCUGUCUAAUUGCAGAUUCCAGCAUAUUUAAUCGGCUUGGAGCAGCGCGAACCACACCACCGCACGUGUUUCGCUAUAUCGAGCGUAUGUUGGGUGGUUUGAACGAUGGUACACCCUUUCCGCAUCGACCCGGUAUUAACGAUCUUAGCUACGACAUCUUAACGCUGAUGGCAUUUCUCUAUCGCAUACGUGCAGCGCACGGUUGGGUGCAGCAACAUCUCGAAUCGAUACUGUCGAGUGAAUUUUUCACGCAGCAAAACUCGCGCCAGCUGUGUCUGCAGCAACCUUGGCGUGGGAACGACCCGGAACCAAGCACGGUAGAUAGUACGUUUGCCCGUACGGGCGAUACCGUGCUGUCGUUUCUGGUCGAACGAGGCUACACACGGAACCAGCUGGAUCAAUUACCGCUCACGGUGCGCUACAUUGUGCUGAGCUAUCUGGAAGGGUGCCGCGAGUAUUUGACGCACGGACUGCAUGCCGUCUUCUACGAGUUGCUGAUGCGGCCGGAGCUGCGCGCCCACAGUGUGUGCAGUGGUUUGCAGGAAUGGGUGCCGGAUCUGGAGCUAAACACACAGGACGAUCUGCAGCAGCGAUACAUAGCGAAACCGAAGUACGAUGAGAUCGACACCUGGCAGCGAGAAAUGAGUGAAAUCGAAAUAUCCGGCACGGGGGGUAGUGGUGUGGCGGGAGGUGGCGCAGUCGGUGCAUCCGCCAGCGGUACGGGAUCGAACGCUCAGAAGGAUGAUACGCUACGCCAGGGAAGCGAUGAGGACGGUAUGAGUGGACUGGACGACGAGUUUCUCCAGCUACGCUUCCCGGACGAUCGGCGCAUGGAUGAUGUCCGCGCCUUUCUCAACAGCUCGCAACGCAUACAGAUCAAUCUACCGCAGCCACCGAAUGUGCCGGAUCACGAAUUUCUCGAAGAGCAGGAACGCCGGCUCUACCUGCUGUGCUUGCGCACGAUGGCAUUACCGAUCGGCCGGGGCAUGUUUACCGUUUCAUCGAGCCGACCGAGCGAAACGCAAACCGUCCCAAUACCCCGCCUCUGCCUUGCCGGGCGUGAUGUGGUCCGCGGUACAACGAUCGAAAUUCAGCAAAUAGAAGUCCCGGCCAAUAUGAGCCUAUGGCCCUCAUUUCACAACGGCGUAGCGGCCGGUUUACGCAUCUGUCCCGAUACGCCCCGUCUUACCUCUACCUGGAUAGCGAACAAUCGGCAGGGCGUUCGGAAUACGGUCCUUUCGUCCGGUACGGACAGCUCGACCGAGCACGGUGGGUUCCUGAUGGCUCUCGGGCUUACCGGUCACCUACGGAAGCUAUCCAUCUACAGCAUCUUCGACUAUAUGCUACGGUCCGACGAGAUGGUACGACUCGGGUUGCUUCUUGGCCUGGCGGCGGCCCAACGUGGUACGGGCGAUCUCGGCACGACCCGGCUGCUCGCUGUGCACGUUGAAGCAUUACUACCGCCAACGUCCGUCGAGCUGGACGUGUCGCAGAAUCUGCAGGUGGCGGCUCUGCUUGGCGUGGGACUCCUCUAUCAGGGUACCGCCAAGCGUCACAUGGUGGAGAUACUGCUGCAGGAGAUUGGACGUCCACCCGGACCGGAAAUGGAGAACUACGUCGAGCGCGAAUCAUACUCACUGACCGCCGGCCUUGCACUCGGGCUGGUAACGCUCGGACUCGGUGACAGUUCGUUCUCGCUGCACGAUCUCGCCCUACCGGACACACUGUACUAUUACAUGAACGGCGGCAAUCGGCGGCUGAUGGUGGGCGCCCAGAAAGAAAAAUAUCGCUUACCCUCGUUCCAGAUCAAGGAAGGACCGGCAGUGAAUUUGGACGUAACCGCACCGGGUGCAACGGUUGCCCUUGGGUUGAUGUAUUUUGCGACGGGUAAUGAAGCGAUUUCCCGGCUGCUGGAACCACCGACCACUAACUAUAUACUGCAGUUCGUCCGUCCCGAUUUGCUGCAGUUGCGCAUUAUUGCACGGCACCUGAUCUAUUGGGAUCGUAUUGAGGCGACGCGCGAUUGGAUCGAACGACAGAUACCGGAACUGCUGCAGCAGAAUGUAUCGCCGCUGGACGAAACGGCGGAGGAAGCGGAACCACCGCUGGAACAGCCAACCGGUGGCCAGACGGAAAAGGUGCUGUACGCGCAAGCAUACUGUAGCGUGAUGUGUGGCAGUGCGAUAGCGAUCGGUUUACGGUACGCCGGUACGGCGGAUGAAGCGGCGGUCAAAACGUUAGACUACUACCUGCUGUACUUCAUCGAGCAUGGUAAUCGGCUGCAUAAAUAUUCCACCGAAUUGCCAUCGAAGUUUGCCCGCGCCGUGGGCCGUCAGAUGGUGGAGAACAGCACGAUGGUGCUGCUAUUGUCACUGUCGCUCGUGUUGGCCGGUACGGGGGAUUUGCGCGUACUGCGUGCCGUCCGUAUGCUACGCUCGCGCAUCGGCAUACCACAGGUUACGUACGGUUCGCACAUGGCCAUCCAUAUGGCGCUCGGGUUUCUGUUUCUCGGUGGCGGACGCUUCACACUCUCCCGAUCGCCGACCGCCAUCGCUGCGCUUGUGUGUACGAUUUUCCCCAAAUUUCCCACCUACAGCAACGACAACCGGUACCAUCUGCAGGCGUUCCGGCAUCUGUAUGUGCUCGCGAUUGAACCACGCAUAUUUAUACCGCGCAGUAUCGAUACGGGCAAGCUGUGUAUGUGCCGCAUACGGUACGCAAUGGUCGGGAAGGAUGUGAUGCCGGUGGUACAGUAUGCACCGUGCCUGUUGCCAGAAUUCGAAACGCUAGCGUGGAUUGAGGUGUGCGAUGAAAACUAUUGGCACAUUCGUUUCGAUCGGCAGUACAAUUGGCAGAUUUUGGAGAGUAUCUUCAAGAAGCAUGAACGGGUGGAUGUGAAGCAGCGUACCGGUUGUUUGUCGUAUCAGGAAGAACCAACGCGGCUCAUUACCAGCCAGAUACAUUCAACCACCCAACAUCACAACAUAUGGCAUCUGGAGCCACUGAAGCUGCUGGAACUUGUCGGACAUACGGAAGCGAUCAAUACCACGCGCAUGUUACUGAUACCGCCCGAUACGGCUAAGCUGCGUUGUUUGCUGGAACCGACCGGUUCGGCCGAACGCGAGCGUAACGAUAUGCGCUUGUACGCACACCACGUGACCGAUUGCGUACUGGGCGAUCGUCUCCAUGCGCUACCGCUCUAUCUGGGACUAACGCAGAUUUUGCAAGACAAUCCACAACGUACGUACAAAGCGAUGGAUGCCUGGCAGCUGCGCCUGUUUACCGCCGCACUGGACAAAAGCUAUUGGCCGUACAAAAUGUCGGGCUCGCGUAACUUACUGUCCGUCAGCUUGCUGCAGUCACUGCUCAAGCGCAUCUGGAAGCGGUACGAUGAACAGCUUUAUCGCUACCGACCUAUCAUUCGUCAAUAUUUGGGUGUGGAUACGAUUAACGAUCCAAACGAAGGAUUGAUACCGACCGACUGCCGCCAGGAACCGGAAGAUGGUGCCAAUCCCGAGCGUCGCCGGGAACAUUUACUUAACCUCACAAAACUUAUCAUUCUGUACGAUUUGCCGUACGGAACGCUACUUAGCGGUGAUGGAACGUCUGGAAGAACGUGAUCGAACGGUGGUACACCUGAAAAAUGUUUUUUUCUCACCUCUCCACCCCAAAAAAAAGACACAAACUUCGAGAAGGUUACCUGAUUGUAUAGCGCACGCUGAAGUUGGAUAUUAAAUUAACGAAGCAAGCUCUCUAAUUGAGUAUAAGGAAGAUUAGGAAGAUAGGAUACAGAGAACCAACAUUCGAGGUCGAAUCUCACGAAGCGAAACUGUUAAGGGAACGACGCCAACGACACUGCUGUCCCAGUUACAAUUCAUUCCUACGCGUCCCGUUAUUACUAUUAGUUCAUUUUUUUCAACUGCUCGUAAAACAGGGAUUUUACGCAUUGUUCAGUACAACUUAUUAACAAUUUGUUGAAAUAAAUUAAAAUAAAAAUCUGUA